CUCAGUCCCUCGCCGGCCGGUCUGGGCAGCGGAGGAGGGAGGUUGGCAAAGACUGGAGGCUUAGCUAUGGGAAGUUGCUCCUUUGCUCUCUGGUUCCCAACCCUCCUCCCUGGUUCUCCGCAACCACUGUCGGAGGAGAGCACAGGGAGGCGCGGGCUGCACCCGCGGCUGCCUCUCCACGCCCGGGCGGCCGCGCCGCUGGGCAGGUGCUGAGCGCCCCCGGAGCCUCCCGUACUGCCUUGCUCCUCGGCCCGCUGCCGCAGUGCCUAUGGGGUGUUGGAGGUAAAUGGGCUCCGGGCCCGGGAGGCGGCGGUGGAUGAGGCGCUGGGCUGAAGCAGCCGCCGAUUCCAGCCGUCGGGUGGCCGCGCGCCCUUGGCGCCCCUGCGAGCCUCUGGCUCAGCCAUGGGGUCCUCUGCAAGCAGCAGCACCGCUUGCCUCGCGUCCUGCAGCCGCAUCGCCGGCCGAGCUGGUGGAGCCACGAUGAUCGCAGGCUCUCUUCUCCUGCUUGGAUUCCUUAGCACCACCACCGCUCAGCCAGAACAGAAGUCCCCAAAUCUCAUUGGCACAUACCGCCAUGUUGACCGUGCUACUGGCCAAGUGCUAACCUGUGACAAGUGUCCAGCAGGAACCCAUGUGUCUGAGCACUGUACCAGCACAAGUCUGCGUGUCUGCAGCAGUUGCCCUGUGGGAACCUUUACCAGGCACGAGAAUGGUAUUGAGAAAUGCCAUGACUGUAGUCAGCCAUGCCCUUGGCCAAUGGUUGAGAAAUUACCUUGUGCUGCUUUGACUGACCGAGAAUGCACUUGCCCACCUGGUAUGUUCCAGUCUAAUGCUACCUGCGCCCCCCACACGGUGUGUCCUGUGGGUUGGGGUGUGCGAAAGAAAGGGACUGAGAUGGAGGACGUGCGGUGUAAGCAGUGUGCUCGGGGUACCUUCUCUGAUGUGCCUUCUAGUGUGAUGAAAUGCAGAGCAUUUACAGACUGUCUGAGUCAGAACCUGGUGGUGAUCAAGCCGGGGACCAAGGAGGCAGACAACGUCUGUGGCACACUCCCGUCCUUCUCAAGCACGACCCCACCUUCCCCUGGCACAGCCAUCUUUUCACGCCCUGAGCAAAAGGAAUCCCAUGAAGCCCCUUCCUCUACUAAUGUUCCCAAAGGCAUGAACUCAACAGAAUCCAACUCUUCUGCCUCUGUUAGACCAAAGGUACCAAGUGGCAUCGAGGAAGGGACAGUCCUUCACAACACAAGCUCAGCAAGCGGGGAGGAAGGCAUGAACAAGACCCUCCCAAAAGUCCAGGUCAUCAACCACCAGCAAGGCCCCCACCACAGACACAUCCUGAAGCUGCUGCCAUCAUCCAUGGAGGCCACCGGGGGCGAGAAGUCUAGCACACCCAUCAAGGCCCCCAAGAGGAGCCAUCCCAGACAGAACCUACAUAAGCAUUUUGACAUCAAUGAGCAUUUGCCUUGGAUGAUUGUGCUUUUCCUGUUGCUGGUGCUUGUGGUGAUAGUGGUGUGCAGUAUCCGGAAAAGCUCGAGGACUCUGAAAAAGGGCCCCCGGCAGGAUCCCAGUGCCAUUGUGGAAAAGGCAGGGCUGAAGAAAUCCACGACCCCAACUCAGAACCGGGAGAAGUGGGUAUACUAUUGCAAUGGGCAUGGUAUUGACAUCCUGAAGCUUGUAGCAGCCCAAGUUGGAAGCCAGUGGAAGGAUAUCUAUCAGUUUCUGUGCAACGCGAGUGAGAGGGAGGUGGCUGCCCUCUCCAAUGGGUACACAGCGGACCAUGAGCGGGCCUACGCAGCUCUGCAGCACUGGACCAUCCGGGGGCCCGAGGCCAGCCUUGCCCAGUUAAUCAGCGCCCUGCGCCAACACCGGCGCAACGAUGUAGUGGAGAAGAUUCGUGGAUUGAUGGAAGACACAGCGCAGCUGGAAACUGACAAACUGGCUCUCCCGGGUCCGCUUAGUCCUAGCCCCAUCCCCAGCCCCAACACGAAACUGGAGAAUUCCACCCUCCUGACGGUGGAGCCGUCCCCUCUGGAUAAGAACAAGGGCUUCUUCGUGGAUGAGUCCGAGCCACUUCUUCGCUGUGAUUCUACAUCCAGUGGCUCCUCUGCGCUGAGCAGGACCGGUUCCUUUAUUACCAAAGAAAAGAAAGACACAGUGCUGCGGCAGGUACGUCUGGACCCCUGCGACUUGCAACCUAUCUUUGAUGACAUGCUCCAUAUCCUGAAUCCUGAGGAAUUGCGCGUGAUCGAAGAGAUUCCCCAGGCUGAAGACAAACUGGACCGGCUAUUUGAGAUUAUUGGAGUCAAGAGCCAGGAAGCCAGCCAGACCCUCCUGGACUCUGUUUAUAGCCAUCUUCCUGACCUGUUAUAGAACACUAGGGGCACUGCUCUCUGGAAUUUGCUCAAUUUAGUGGCAGGGUGAUUUUAUUGUUCCUUUUUCUUAUUUUGGU